AUGGACUAUCAUGUUACAGCAUGUGGCGAACAUGCCAAGGAUAUCCAGGAGCUUUGCGACGAGUUCUACAUUGAGACCCGCCACAUUGAGAAGUUGAAUGAGCUCAUGAAAGACAGACACGACACCUGGGUUGAAGAUCUGAAGAAGUUGCGAGAGAUCAUGGAAGAGGCCCGUUCUCCAUGCGGCAUGCUCGUCGUCAAAAUGAAAGAGAUGGAGGAUGGCACCUUCGUGGCAAUCAACCGCGACAAGAGGAUGCAGCAUCUCAAGGAAAAGUUCAAGCUUGACCGCAUUGCGGAGACACGUUUGUCCGACAUUUUGGCACGAUGCUCCGAUGAGAAAAAGGAUGAAUACUACCACGACCUGGAGAGGCAUUUUGAAUGCUCCGGCAAGCCUUCCGCCACAGCGAUGCUCCUCAUGAAGAAGCUUGCUAACGGAGAACCGCUAGGCCCGCCCGGCCGUCCAGGCCCUGGGAGCUGGCUGGACCGCCAGAA